AGAAAGGGAGAGAGAGAGGGGUGCAGGACAUGAGUAUUUAUCAAAGCAAUACCCUCUUGGGAAGUCAAAUGAAACGGAGGACCAACCGUGACUGUGUGGAUGAAGAAUACAGUCAACAUUUUUAGUGACUUGAUCAUCAUUUUUCUGUUCUAUUUACAAAAUUUAGCUGUUUUGAUUGUGCUCGAGCAUAUAUUCGUGAUUUGCUAUAAAAGGUUUUGGGUGUACAAUGUGGUAGAGAGUGCGAACAGCCCGUUGAUGUCAUACUGAAUGAACAUGACCGCAGUUCUCACAAUAAUCGGCGCCGCGCUUCUCAGUGUUGUGAGCGCGCGACCUGCGAUGACGGCAGAUCAGUACGCGCGAGGAGUGGACUGGCUGAUUCGGUAUGGGUAUUUACCAUCUCCAGACUCUCUAAUUGGUCGACUUCAAACCAAGGAGGGUAUUGAAGAAGCUGUCCGUAAAAUGCAGCGUUUUGCUGGUAUUGAGGAGACUGGCAAACUAGAUCGGGCCACAUUAGAAAUGAUGGCCAGACCUCGCUGCUCUCUCCCGGACACCAUCAGCUCUGAGGAUCUGUUGAAAGGAAAGAGAAGGGGUAAAGGGAAGAUGAAGAGGAGAUUCACUCUGCCAAGGCUGAGCUGGGACAAGACUGACAUCACCUGGAGCGUGCAAGAUUUUCCAUCUCCUUCCGUGUCUCCCACUCUACAUCCAGGGCUGGUAAGGCUCAUUUUGACCUAUGCACUCCGAGCAUGGGGUGAUGUCACACAUCUGCGUUUCCACGGGACUCGUCCUUCUCCUUAUGACCCGUCACCACAGACAGACAUCAAAGUCACCUUUGCCAGUGGCUACCAUGAGGAUGGGUAUCCUUUUGAUGGCAAAGGGGGCACACUGGCACACGCAUUCUUCCCAGGAAAGGAAGAUCUUGCUGGUGACACACACUUUGAUGAUGGAGAGAGCUGGAGCAAUGGAGAUAGGAGCAGCAGCACAGAUUUAUUCACAGUUGCAGUGCACGAGUUUGGUCAUGCUUUAGGCUUGUUUCACUCCUCUUCCAACGAAUCCAUCAUGAAGCCUUAUUACUAUGGUCCUGUGGGAGACAUGCACAGCUACUCCUUACCCCUUGAUGACAGACUGAGAAUACAGGCACUCUAUGGAAAAAGACCAGAUUUUAAAUCUUCUCCAUCUGUUGCUGCACCCACAACUAAUCUGCCCCAUUUGUCGACCCCUGCUCCUCCACAUCCACCCUAUCACCCACCAGCCUCUGCUGAUCGCUGUCAGGGAGGUUAUGAUGCAGUUGCUAAUAUCAGAGCAGAGGUUUUCUUCUUUAGAGGUCCACACUUUUGGAGGGUACAUCAUUCAGGCUCAUUAAUGUCCUUGACUCCAGCUCUGAUCCACAGCUUCUGGAUUGGUUUGCCUCCAGAAACUGCCAGAGUUGAUGCAGUAUAUGAGAGAAGAGAUGGAUAUAUUGUAUUCUUUAUUGAUAAUCAGUACUGGGUAUUUAGAAACACAAUGUCCCUCCCUGGGUACCCACGGCCACUUUCAGAUUGGGGUUUACGCUCUUCUGCAGGACGGGUUCCAGAGAGAGUGGAGGCGGUAUUUGUGUGGCCGCACAAUGGGAGGACGUACCUGUUCAGUGGUGGAGAGUACUGGAGGUUUGAUGAGGCGGGAACUGAGAGGAAGCCGGAGGAAGGGUACCCUAAACCAGCGUCCAUCUGGGGGAUGCCCUCUCAUCCUGAUGAUAUCAUUGGAUUUCUAGAUGCAGACACUUACUUCUUUAAAGAUUCAAACUACUGGAUUUUAAAAAGAGGGGGCUUGGAGCAGGAAUCUACUUUCCCAAAAUCCAUUGCUACUGACUGGAUGAAAUGUGAUGGUAACAUUUCAACUCACAGACCUGAGCUUCCCAGAAGGGACAAAGACUGUAGCUGUGUCCAGAGUACAGCCGCUGCGAUAUGUGCUUUGUCAGCUGUUUUAUAUUCAAUUAUUGUAGUUUGUAUUUUGGUUCUUACAUUGUACUGAUAAUAUUCAUAUAAUUUGUGUAGUAUUUACUGGGAUUUUUUUAAAUGGGAUUUUUUAAUGUUGUGACUGUGUAGUUAGUAAAAAAAUGAUUUUAGGAAUCAAUGAAUUACUGAAAAGUGUCCAAUGGUUGCUUAUUUUAGUAUCUAAGCAGGUGCGGUGCAUAAUCUUGGUAUUGUUUGCCUACUGUUUCUUGAAUACUGUGUAUUCUGAUAUCUUACUCAUUUGAAAUACUGUUUUUUACAAAUUAUAGAAUAUAUUACAGUACACUAAAUGGUCAGUGUUCUGAAGAACACUAGAUGGUUGCAAAACUAGCACACUAUGGACUAAAAGCCAUGAGACAAUACUUUAAUCAAUAUUUAAUAUAACUGCUUCUGAAAUACUAAAUAAAAAAUUCAAAGAUGUCAUUUAAUUAUUCUUUCUGUAUUAUACCAGAAUUUACAAUGUAAUGUAAAAUAAAACUCAUAUUGUGUGAGGCUUAUUCUGUUUUUUUUUUUUCUUUCAAUUUCAAAUAAA